AAAAUUAUCCUAAGGUCACACAGAUUUGAAGAUUUCAAUCGUUGUGUACUACCCCAGUGACUCGGACAUUCAAAAUGAAUACUGUACUCCUUGCAUUGUGUCUGUUCGUUGUAGCUGUUGCGGCCGAGACAGGAAUACGAGAGAGACGCUUGUUUUUCAUUAAGCGUUGUUCUUCUGAAAGCGAUUGCGGUCCCAACAGAUGCUGUCUGUUUAAUAAAUAUUGUGCACCAAAACUCCGCUUCAAGUAUGCUCCCUGCCAUCUUUCUGGAAUUACCCAAUGUGGAUGUAGAGAUGGCCUCGAAUGCCGAGUCACCAAGGAGUUCAACAUCCUAGGACAGAGAGUCCAGAUGCGUCAGUGUAUGGAAGCUGGUCGUCAGCUUGAAGUAGAAAAAAUUGAAGACGAAGAACUGAAGGAAAUGACCGAAUCCAGAGAGAAGAGAUUCUUACUCGAUAGAUGCACAAAAGAAACCGACUGUGGAGAUAACAGGUGUUGCUUGUUUGGAAGAAUCUGUGCCAAGAAGAUCCCAGAAGGAAUGACAUGCUAUUUGACGAAUCGUCACAAGUGCGGAUGUCAAGACGGUCUGGUGUGUAAAGUCACCGCCACCAUCACCAUCCCUAUCAUUGGCUCAAAAAUACCCAUCAGGCAGUGCGUGCGAGAAUAGAAGUCUUGGUCAAUACAGCCCAACGUCAACCAGGACCGGAAGUCUUAGCUAAAUUAAAAUGACCACUUUUCUAGUUGAACCUUGUAAACAUGUGCAGUACUAGUAAAUGCUAAUAAAUUAUACACAGGCAUUCAAAACUAAA